AUGAAUGCCCUUCAUAUCGAUGAUUAUCUCACGAAUUCCGACAAUUGGCAUUUUCCACAACAAAUUGAUUAUGCAAUAAAUCAAUCGCAAUUUGUUGAAUUAUCGAAUAUAAAUUAUGAUUAUCCAUUAUCGAAUGAAGUCGAUUCAAACACUUUUCAUCUUACAACUCCUCCAACAAUGAGAUAUGAUGUACUACAAUUACCAGAAAAUUCUUCUUCAACUUUAAAAUUUCGUACUAUUUCAAAUGUAAAUUCACCAAAAUAUCAAUGUCUUGUUUGCAAUGAUUUUUCAACAUCGCAUCAUUACGGUGUUCGUACAUGCGAAGGAUGUAAAGGCUUUUUUAAAAGAACAGUACAAAAGAAUGCUAAAUAUGUCUGUCUGUCUGACAAACAAUGUCUCGUGGAUAAACGUCGACGUAAUCGAUGUCAGUGGUGUCGAUUUCAAAAAUGUUUAGCCGUUGGAAUGAUGAAAGAAGUUGUCCGUACAAAUGAAUUGAAAGGACGUCGAGGCCGAUUGCCUUCGAAAUAUUUAUCAAAUCAUAUUCAACUUCAAAUUAAUAAAACUGAAUAA